AGAAUCAGUCAGUAGAGUGCAAACACUCGAAGUGAAUGGAUCGAAUAGGCGAGCUGUAGUCUGUGUCAAAACGUCAACAAGGAACAGCAUUCAUCGAACGUGCAGAGAUCAUGAAGCAAUUAAUAUUCUCCUUGAUAACGUUGCUCGUUUCAGCGCACGUGAACUCGUUACCUUUAGGGAAUUACAAAGCCCUUCGGGAGGAGAUACUAGAGUACGAGCAACGGCUGAUGAUAGGGUCCAAUUUGAACUUGAACGAUGUCGAAAAGCAGGCCAACAAGAUCUUAAUGAAAGCGAAGAGGGAAGAAUUGGACGCUGGCUUCAAGGAGCCGCAGCUGUUCGCCCCUGCACAAAACUUCAUGUCGGCGAGGAAGUACAUUGAUCGAUCGAAAGUCUUCCAAUUGCUUCGUCUGAUGCCGAAGGGUGCAGUGUUGCACGCUCACGAUACAGCCAUCGUCAGUGCCGAUUACAUCUAUCAUAACAUCACCUUCCGGGACGAUCUGUACAUCUGCGGCAACGGUAGUAACAUCCGGUUACACUUCUUCCGGGAACCGGAUCAGACAUGCGACUGGGAGCUGCUGAAGAAGGUGCGAGAGGAUCCGAUCCGAGGCUCCGGUGUCAAUAAUAUGAUCAUGAAGAAGAUGUCGAUGAUUUGUUCCGAUCCUGAGCGAGCCUACCCGAAUGUGGAUAAAGCGUGGUCCAAGUUCUUGGACAUCUUCAAAUUCGUCGAUCCUUUGUUAACGUAUAGACCUGUUUAUGAAGAUCACUUCCUCGAAGCUCUCAGACAGCUUCACGAGGACAAUGUGAUGUAUCUUGAGUUUAGAUCCACCUUGCCAACUUUGUACGAUUUCGAGGGUACGGAUUAUCAACCCGAAGAUCUGGUUGGCAUCUACAAGAAUCUUACCCAAAGAUUCAAGGAAGAACAUCCGGAUUUCGUUGGAGCGAAAUUGAUUUAUGCGCCCAGUCGAUCCGGUAAUCUGACGGAUGCAAAGCAAUACAUGAAGAUCUUGAAAAGGCUGCGGGAAUUGUAUCCGAAUUUCGUGGCUGGGUUCGAUCUAGUCGGUCAGGAAGACAAAGGCCAUACUCUCGAGUAUUUCGCGGAGAUAAUAAAGAACGCCGAGGAUCGAGAUAUAAAUUUCUUCUUCCACGCGGGAGAAACGAAGUGGUUGGGUUCGUCGACCGACGAGAAUCUUGUUGAUGCUAUUUUGUUCAAUUCUCGACGCAUUGGUCAUGGGUUUGCGUUGUCCUAUCACCCUUUCCUCAUGGAAAUGAUCAAGCGAAUGGACAUCGCCAUAGAAGUGAACCCUAUCUCCAAUCAAGUCCUGAAGCUCGUAGACGAUAUGAGAAAUCACCCUGCUAAGAUCCUAUUCGCCGAAGGAUAUCCGGUAGUGAUAUCAAAUGACGAUCCCGGCUUCUGGGAUGCAGAGGCGCUCUCUUACGACUUCUACCAGGCCUUCAUGGCACUGAUGUCCGCCCAUUCCGAUCUAAAAGCUCUCAAACAAUUGGCCAUGAAUUCCAUUUCUUACAGCAGCAUGACUGAUGCUGAAAAGAAGGAUGCAUUUGCUAUUUGGGAAAAGAAAUGGGACACCUUUGUGGAUUCUGUGGCCAAUAACAAACUCUAGGACUAUAAAUAGAUAAUUUGCUACUUAUACAUGGAGAAUAAUUCAAAUGGUAUUGACUGCAGAGUGUACAAAUGACUUGAUAGGUAUUUAAUGAGAUACAAUUAAUAGUAAUAUUGUGACUGGACUGUGGAUAUCUAGGAAUUCAUGGUUAUAAUUUACAUAAAUAUUCGCAGUCUAAUUAUAACAAUUAUUUCUCGUGACUUCUGCAUUUAAAAAUUAAAUACUUUCUAUAAUGCAUUUCAAAAUUUAUAUAAUUUAUGCGUUUAAGUUUAUGAAUAAACCAAAUUAAUUAAAAUA